GGGCGGCCGCCUGGGGAAGGACAGGAGGCCGGGACUCCCCUUCCCAGCGUGCCCCGCGGCCCCGCGCUCCCCCCGCUCCCUCCCGUGCGACGGACAGCAGCGAGCAAGCUGGCGAGCGAGCGAGGCCAGCCUCCACCGGAGACCCAAGCCAGCUCCCUCAGGAUGCAGGAGGAACAGCCCCAAGAAGCUGCGGAGGAGCCGGCCCCUUCGGCGGCGGCCUCGGAAUGUGACCCUGGGGCACUCUCCAGUGACUCCCAGAAUCUCUCUGAUGUGGAUGCUUUUAAGAUCCUUCUGGAGAUGAAAAUGAAGAAGAGACAAAAGCAGCCCAGUCUUCCAGGUACUGUCACAGAAUUGGUCACAGAAGAAGGAAGUAAGGUGUACGUGGUUGGCACGGCCCACUUCAGUGAUGACAGCAAGCGGGACGUAGUGAAGACCAUCCAGGAGGUGCAGCCUGAUGUGGUGGUGGUGGAGCUCUGCCAGUACAGGGUGUCCAUGUUGAAGAUGGAUGAGAAGACGCUGCUGAAGGAGGCUAAGGAGAUCAACCUCGAAAAGCUCCAGCAAGCCGUCAAGCAGAACGGAGUCAUGUCGGGCCUGAUGCAGAUGCUCCUCCUGAAGGUCUCGGCGCAUAUCACGGAGCAGCUGGGGAUGGCCCCGGGGGGCGAGUUCAGAGAGGCUUUCAAAGAGGCCAGUAAAGUACCUUUCUGCAAGUUCCACCUUGGGGACAGGCCUAUCCCGGUGACCUUCAAGAGAGCCAUUGCAGCCCUUUCCUUUUGGCAGAAAGUGAAGCUGGCCUGGGGCCUGUGCUUCCUCUCUGACCCCAUCAGUAAGGACGACGUAGAAAAGUGCAAGCAGAAGGACUUGUUGGAGCAAAUGAUGGCAGAGAUGAUCGGCGAGUUUCCCGACCUCCAUCGGACCAUCGUCUCGGAGAGAGACAUCUACCUGACGUACAUGCUGCGCCAGGCCGCCAAGCGGCUGGAGCUCCCUCGUGCUUCCGAAGCUGAGCCCAGGAAAAGCAUCCCUUCUGUGGUGGUCGGAGUGGUGGGAAUGGGCCACGUCCCUGGCAUCGAGAAGAACUGGAGUACGGACUUAAACAUCCAGGAGAUUAUGAGCGUCCCUCCCCCAUCCAUCUCUAGCAAAGUGUCCAGGUUUGUCGUGAAAGCUUCCUUCUUUGGAUUGAUGUGCUACGGCUUCUACCGGGUGGGAAAACGGACGGUCAACAUAAUCCUUUCCAUGACAGCCGCACAGUCGUGUCUCCAGAGACUGGCUGAGAUCAGACCUCAGAAAUAAGGCGACGGCGGCAGACAAAGCCGGGCGGGCAGCAACCAAAAAUCUGAAUGGGUGCUAACAGCCACACACAGGCGGGGCCCGCAGGGGCUGGGCUGGGGGGCGGGGGGCAGGGCCGGGCCCGGGGCCAACGUCCGCCCCCCUAGCCACGGCCCAACCAGCGGCCGUCGCCGAGCGCCGGUGAUGCCCGUGGCCACGUUCGGGCAGCCUCGAGAGGGCAUCUUCUGGCUUGGGUUCCUUCCCCCGAGGGUCUCUGGUGGUGGGUUCCUGCCGAGUGGCGCAGGGACAGCUGUGGACCGUGUUGGUAUCAUGAUACCAUUGUUAGUUCUUGGUGCCAAGCACCUAUAGGAUAAGACAAUUGAACGAUCAUCUUGUUAUGGGGAGAAUUUUAUAUCAAUCAUCAGCGUCUGUGUGUGUGUUGGGGGGCGGGGGUGGGAUGUCGUUUUCAAAGCUCCUGGCUUCUCAGACAAACCUGUCAGCUGCAGCAGACCUGACUCCGUCCUGUGUGCCCAUCCGUGCCCUCCCUCAUGGACCCCCCUCCGCAGUUGCCUUCAGUCCUGGCCCCGUAGCUCCUCGUCCCCCAUGGCCCAGCGGCCCAGGCCAUCGCAGGGCCCCCUUUCAUGUUUACAGAGGCUGGCCGGGGAUUCAUCAGGGAGGCUGCCAACCAGCUGCUUUUCCUAAGUCCUUGCUGCUCCGAGCCUUCCCCAGACAGCUUCUCCCUAUGAGCUUUAUUUAACAAAAAUGGCCUUUCUAGACUAGUCAAUCAGACAAGGUUGGUUUUUGGCUCAGGAGGGGUGCAGUGGUCCAGUCGGGGACCAACUUCUCAAUCGUUAGAGUCCUGGGCCUUGGACUCCUCUAAGAAGCCUCACGUCGGCUGCUCGGCUGCCUUGCUCUGCCCUCUGCCCCUGCAUGCCUGUCUGGGAUUCCUCUCUCCUUUCUAGAUCAUGGUCUGGAAAUGCGAGAAGUCCAUGUCCCCACUCAGUUGAGAUGAGAUCAGUUCUGACAGCCCAGAGCUGAAGGCUACAGCCAGUACCCCUGGCACCAUUCUCUGGCCCGGCUGGUAUCCCUGGCAUCUCUCUCUGGGCUGGGCCACCUUGCCCAGCCUUUUGGGUGAGGUAGGGAGGCUGCUCCAUCUCAAUCACUGUUCUUGGGAGGAACUCAGAGACACACUCAGUCAUCUCUUGCUGUUAGGAACCACCGAGUGAAGCCCCCCAGCUUGCUGGGGGGGCAUGCCUUCGGCCAGCCCCUUCUGGUGCUGGCUGCUGAGGAACUUGGGUGUGGGCCUUGGCCUUCCUCCACUUUGGGGGCCCAGCCAGGAGGCCUGGGCUUGGCUUUGCCUUUUUGGGGACUUUUUGGUUCUGGCUUUUUUUUUUCUUCUUUAAAGAUAUUUCUAGCUUGUAUAGUUCGGUGCAUUCUGCUUUAAAAAAAAAAUCUGAUAAAACCUCUGCUCAGGUAAUUAUAAAUUAAAAACUAAUUAAAUGUCAGACAAGCCUUAAGCUGGGUUGUCUCCGAGCCUGUGGCCUGGGAGUGUGAGGGGGUGGGCCCCAGCCGGAAUCGGAAGGAGAAAGUUCUGGCAGCCAAGUGCCAUCAGGCAGGGCCUUCUCAUUGGGCUUAGGAGCUGGUUGGCUGGGGCCUUUUCAGCCUGCCCCCCAUGUUUCCCCCUCCAUCCGUCCUUGUUUGAGAUCCUGCAGAGCCAUAGUGUAUUGGAGGCACUGAGGGCUCCCUCCUAUUCCUGCCUCCCCCGGUUCUCCAGGAUGAAAGAAAGUGUUGUAAGCCCCCUCCCCAGCCUCUGCUCCUGUGCCCGGCAGUCAGAACCAGGGGCCGGCUCCACCGGUGGUGAAGGGGCCCAGAGCCCUCCGGGGCAAGACCCCAGCUGGGACACUUGUAUCUUUCAGCUGGGUGACCCUCGGCCUGCCCAGGGCUUGGCGCGGAGGAGGCGGAAGGCUAGGGGACACUUUUUGUGUAAGCUCAGCCCCCGGGGCCCACAGACCCACCUGCUUGCGACAUCUUGUCCUGGAUGGCCUGGGCCCAGAGGGGGCUGUGCUGAAUGGCGCCCAUGCUGCUCCUGAGGGGCCGGGGAAGCAGCGAGGGUGUCCCCGGUACUGUCCUAAGGCAAUGGAGAAAUAGUCGCUGCCCCCAUGGAGCCUCCCUCCCCUGUGCCAGCCCUGGCUGCCCACCUCCGCCCUCAUCACUUGUGUAGAGCAGCCUGCUUUUAUGACAGUUUACAAAAUGCUGUGGAGAUGAAUUCAUGUCUUUUCAAUGCAACGGGCCAGAAUUUGGCUGUUGACCCACUUUCCUGACUCAGUGUUAAACCAAAUCGGAUGAAAUGUAACCAGCUGGAGAAUGUUUUCCCAAAGUGUCAUGGAAGACUGUGGGCCGGCUGGUGGGCAGGGCCCGCCGGGUGCUCCGGAGGCGCAGCCCCUCUCAGAGGCCAGCGCCUCGGUUUCUUAAGUGCCAGGCUGUAGUGCAGGCUACAGUUCUCUCAAUCAUGUCCUUCAUGUAAUUCAGAGAUUUGUGGUUUCCUUGUGAAAUGAAAAUAAACUUUAAUUUUAGAAGA